UGACUCAAAGCUGCAGAUACAUUUCAUUUUGACUUCUCACUUGAAGACAGCAGUCUGAACUUCAGCGCUGGAGACAUCAUGGCUGCAAGGAAUCUCUGUGGAGUCCUCCUUGUUGCUCUCUUUCUGCAUGCAUCCAGGGUCGAAUCUUCUGUGAAUCAGGAGUUAUCCAACAUAUUCAACGAGCUGUGGAGCUUGGAUGUGAAUCGAAUGACGCCUGGGAUUGAUUACAACAUCUCUGUUCAGAACAGAGCCGGGUUUGUGAGCCAGGGCAGCACGGUGGUGAGGGAUCAAGCCCCUCAGCCUCUGUUCUCCAAUGUCAACGAGGAUAAAAUGAAGAGGACCACCACCUUUUUUCUCCUCAUGAAACUCCUGGACAACUAUGAGCGUUCUUCCAGUGUGUCGGAGCAAUACACGCCAGAGGAGACCACAGAAAUCAGCCUCUUCUUGGAUGCAGUUUUGGAAACUCAAGUCAUGAAGAGGACUCAUCAGUACCUUGUGAGCAAAGGAAAGUCCAGCUCUGACCUAACAACCUUCAAGAAUCAGCUCAACUGGAUCUGGUUCCACCUGUACAACCGUCAGAGAAACACCAGCCCGGACUCCUGCGGAUUUGAACACAUCUUUGUCGGGGAGACCAAAACCAGUUCGGAAAUAGCUGGUUUUCACAACUGGGUCCAGUUCUACCUGCAAGAAAAAAGCACUCAUCUGGACUACAAAGGGUUCAAGGGCGGGCUUCAAGACCAGCCGGAUUCCGACGACCACGUUCUGAACCUGCAGUUCAGCUGGCACGGUGCUCUCAAACCCGUUGGAAGUGCCUUCAUUGGGACCAGCCCCGAGUUUGAGAUGGGAGUCUUCACCAUCCUCUUUCUGAUGAACACUGAGAGAAGCACCAAGGUGGUGGUGGACAUCGACCAGUGCCAGCUGGAGCUGCUGGUGGUCCGACAUGGCAACUCCCUUGGGUCGGCGUUCCCCAAACUGCUCAGCAGCAACAGCAGACACGUCCGUCAGCCAGCGCAAUGAUGCCUUCCAGCACAGAACUCCUCUUUCUUUUCCUCAUUUUAUCACUUUUUGUGCUUUUAUUAUAAUAAUCAUGCAUAUGAGGAAUAUUUUCAGCUGAUCCAUACAGUUAAGCUAUUGAUCCAAAUGCAAUAGUCCUCUGGAUAGACAUUGCAGAAGACAGAGACAUUCAUUUUAAUCGAAUUUUUAAUUUUGAAUAAGCAGUUCCUUUAGGUUUUUACACAGUGAAGUAAACUUGAAAGGAAAAUCAGUUUGUUUCUAUUCUAAAUUAUCCGAAUUGUCUCAUGGGGCUGCAGGACACAGGAAGUGAUGCUCAGAAGUGAAGUAAAUAAACGUCACGUUUAAAAAAACCUAACUUUUAUUGUUGCAUCAGCAUUUAAACUAUAAGGGCUUUCUCUGUGUUUCUGCAUUAAAAAUCUUUAAAUCUAAAAUGUAAUGAACUUUCUAUUUUUUUUUCAUUUGUCACAUUUCUGAUGCAAAAUAAAAACAUAUAUUUGCAAA